GUAACCAAACUCUUGACGGCUGGAUUCAUCCGGGAGGUAUACUACCCAGAAUGGCUCGCCAACGUCGUCCUGGUAAAGAAACCCAAUGGAAAGUGGAGAAUGUGUGUAGACUUCACUGACUUGAAUAAAGCAUGCCCAAAGGACAGCUUCCCUCUACCAAGGAUAGACCAACUCGUGGACUCUACCGCUGGACACAAGUUGUUGACGUUCAUGGACGCCUUCUCAGGGUACAACCAGAUAAAGAUGGCUGAAGAAGACCAGGAGAAGACCGCCUUCAUCACCAGCCAGGGACUCUAUUGUUACAAGGUGAUGCCUUUUGGGUUGAAAAAUGCUGGAGCUACAUACCAGAGGUUGGUAAACAAAAUGUUCAACCAACAAAUUGGCAGAAACAUGGAGGUAUACGUAGACGAUAUGCUCGUCAAGAGUAAGGAAGAGCUCGCUCAUCUGGACGACCUGGAGGAGACUUUUGCAACCCUGAGAAAACACCAGAUGAAGCUGAAUCCUAACAAAUGUGUUUUUGGGGUAGCCUCGGGAAAAUUCCUGGGAUUCAUGGUGUCCCAGAGAGGAAUAGAAGCCAAUCCAGAAAAAGUACAAGCUAUCAUUGACAUGGCUCCACCCAAGACCGUCAAGGAUGUACAAAAACUUACGGGAAGGAUAGCAGCUCUAAACAGGUUCGUCUCUAGGGCCACAGACAAAUGCUUGCCCUUUUUCAAAACCCUCAAGCAGGCCUUUGCUUGGACUGACGAAUGCGAAGCAGCGUUCCAAGAGUUGAAGCGAUAUCUGAGCAGUCCACCUCUCCUAAGCCCGUCCAAAGGAGGGGAGAACCUAUAUUUGUACCUGGCAGUAUCAGCCUCGGCAGUCAGCUCAGCAUUGAUUAGAGAAGAAGGCAAGAAGCAACUCCCGGUGUACUACGUCAGCCAGGCCUUUCAAGGAGCCGAGUUCAGGUACCCAAGAAUUGAAAAGAUUGCGUUCGCGCUUAUAGUAGCCUCGCGCAAGCUCAGACCUCAGUUUGACAUCGAGUACCAUCCAAGAGCAGCCAUCAAGGCACAAGCUCUGGCUGACUUCAUCGCUGAAUUCACUCUUCCAGACGAAGAAGGGACUACCGACGAAGUUGAUAAAUGGAUAAUACAGACAGAUGGUUCGUCAGCCCAAAAGAGAGGGGGAGUAGGGGUCGUCAUAACCACCCCCGACGGAGAAGUGAUGAAAUAUGGAGUUCAACUGGAGUUCCCAGCCACCAAUAACGAAGCCGAAUAUGAAGGAAUAUUGACGGGCUUGAGACUUGGAAAAGCUCUUGGUGCCAAAAACUUGCUUAUCCAGAGUGAUUCAAAGCUGGUAAUCGGACAGAUCAGUGGAGAGUACGAGGCAAAGGAAGAAAGGAUGCAGAAAUACCUUAAACUGACAAGGCAGUUAACCCAAGAGUUCGACACAGCGGAUUUCGUCCAGAUACCAAGAAACCAGAAUAUUGGAGCUGAUGAAGUGUCAAAACUAGCGUCGUCAGAAGCAGGAAGGACGAGCACAGACGUGGCAAUAGAAAUUCAGAAGUACCCAAGUAUUGAAGAGGUGGCAGUGCUCACCACCCAGAGCACCAACACCUGGAUGACGCCCUUAAUAUCCUUCCUCCGAGACGGGCGCUUACCCCAGAAUACUGAUGAAGCCAGAAAGGUCAAAAAGAGAGCAGCCAGGUUCACGAUCCUAAAUGACGUCUUGUACAAAAGAGGCUUCUCUAUGCCCUACCUGAAGUGCGUCGACGAGGACGAGGCCAAAUACAUCCUAGAAGAAGUACACGGAGGAGUCUGUGGCGACCAUGCCGGCCCCAGAUCCCUAGUAAACAAGGUGAUAAGAGCGGGGUACUUUUGGCCAACCAUACAGGGGGAUGCUGCUAACCUCGUCAGAAGAUGCGACAGAUGCCAGCGGUACGGAAAUGUACAACGGCUUCCAGCAGAGAAGAUGACGACCAUAUCCUCCCCAUGGCCAUUCGCGCAAUGGGGAAUCGACAUCGUCGGUCCUCUGCCCCAAGGUAAAGGUCAGGCAGCACAGGUCGACCAUGAGGCCUAUAAAUCACUGAGUAACAAGAUUCCGCCUUGA